AUGACUAUCAAUGGACAGUUCUACACAGAAGUUCUUGACCAACUUCGAAAACGAAUUCGUAGAGUGAGGCCUUUUAAAAAAAAUGGGAGUUGGCUGCUGCUACAUGACAAUGCCUGCCCACACAUUGCAUUGCCUGUAAGGCAAUUCUUAGCCCAGCAUGAUGUUGAAAUGCAGCAUCCACCAUACUCUUCAGACCUAGCACUCGCAGACUUUUUCCUGUUUCCUAAGCUGAAAAAUUUGAUGAAGGGAACAAGAUUUCAGGAUGUUGAAGCCAUCGAGAAACGUCACUAUUACAGAGAAUUUCAAAAGAGGACUUUAAAACUUCUUUUCGAAAUUUGUACAGCCGAGCACGGACGUGCAUUACGGCUGAUGGGGAUUACUUUGAAUCAUAUUAAAUGGCUACGCGUUUAA